GGCUCAAGUGGCUGCAAGGGGCUCAGAGCACUGGCCAUAGGUCCCAUGAUCAUCGUGCCUCCGCGCCCAGAAAUCCAUGCCUGGAACGGCUUCAGGUACGCCGGCGAUGUUCUGCACGACGCAGCCAUAAUAUUGCUGCUUUGUCAUUGCUUCCAGAAGUCGGUGGCAGGUCUUUCUGCUCGCGCGCAGUGGAUGUAUUUGAUACUCUACGUGUCACGAUACUUGGACAUCCUGCAGGAGCAGUCAGCAUAUUUGGUGGUGCACAAGCUGGCUUUCAGCGGCAGCACGCUCGUGGUGCUUCUGUGUUUCCACUUCUUCUGCGAGACAUAUGACCGAGAUGCGGACACCUGUCCUGGCUGGGCCUUGGCCCUGAUGGCCCUGCUGGCCCUCACUCUCCUGGCAUGCCCAUGGCUGGGAGAAGGCACGCUGGAGAUCCUUUGGACUUGGUCACAGCUUCUCGAGGGCUUCGUUAUGGUGCCGCAGUACGUGUGCUCUUAUCGCAAUGCCAAGAGGGGCCGAGUGGACAGCCGCGGGGUGUCUGCCUGGAUUUGUCUCAUGGGCGCGUACCGCCUGUUCUACUUGCUGCAUUGGCUCUACAUGAGGUCAUGGAGCUCCGUCUAUUGGGAUCCAACCACCUGGCUCAGCGGAAUUUUAAAUGUUUGUCUAUUUGCUGACUAUGUCCUGUGUCUUCUCGCGGGCGUGUCAUGCCUGCGCCGCAUCACGCUUAGCUUCGACGACGGUCUUCGCCAGGUGGGGGACGAGUUGCGCGACCGCUUGGGCGGGUGCCUCCUCUCCUGUGAGAAGAUGCCUUGACCUGCGGCCAGUCGACUUACACGCUUCGGGAGAAACCUGCAGCAAAGCAAGCAGUCCAGCUUGGAUUUGAAAUUUGGAGCGAUUUGGGUGAUGCCGCGAUGCCAUAGGCUGCGACUUUUGUUUGGGAGGGCCAUGGAUAGAAUUGCAUUCGUUCCCACCUCCAUGCGUGUACAGUAUACAGAACAUAUGAGCAGUAGUCGAUGUUCAUUGUCAUUUUGUGUGGU